AUGAUAUCAUUUGAUCACAAUUAUACAAAUUUAAAUAUUUUUAAAAUAUUUUUAUUAUUAAUUUCUAUUAAAUUUGUAUUUUCAAUUAUUCCACCACAACCAGAGUAUGAUUGUAUUUCAAAUAUAAAAAUUAAAUAUGGCACAACAAUUGAUCUAAAUGAAUUAUGUGAUACUGCUGUUCAAUGUGACCCUACAACAGGUUCAAUUUUAAAAAUGGUAAUUUUCCCAUACAAUACCGAUGAUGCUCCAUUGCUUUUGAUAAAUGAUAUAUUAUGUUUACCAUUUUUACAAUAUCUUACCAUUCAAUAUAUACCAUUUGAAAAUGGUUUUAUUUAUUAUAAUUUUCCGGCAAUGAAAUCUAUGACUAUUAAAGAUUCAAUGAAUAGUUUAUCAAGUGGUAUUACUCAACAACUACCAAAUUAUGAUUAUUUUGAAAUAUCUACUGGGGAAAUUGAUCAAACAAUAUUAAAUUUAUUAUAUAUUUCAAAUGUUAAAAGUUUUAAAAGUAGUAUUGGUUACGUUUGGUUAGUUUGUGAUCCAAUUACACUAGGAACAAAUUUCAUAACAAAUACUCUCGAAAUCAGUGCACUUAAUUAUCCAGAUUUUACAAGUUAUCCACAAUUUGAAAAAGUUUUAAUGAAUUUUAAUGAUAAUUUUGAUAAAUUAACAAUUCCAAAUUUUCAAACAAUUUCAUCAAAUUUGAUGAGAAUCAAACAUAACAUUGCUUCACCAUCAUUAACAACAUCAACAGAAUUUUAUGCACAUUUAAAUUAUAAAGUUAAUAAAUUAUAUAUUGAUUCAAGAUUAUCAACACCAGCAAAAUUUUUCGAUUUUUCAAAAAAUAAAAAUUAUGGAUACCUUCAAUUAACAAAUAUUCAAGAUUUUCAUAUAAAUGGAAAUUUCCCAGUUUUAAAUAUUCAAAAGAAUACUACAAUUUUAUUAUUUAAUGGUUCAUCAUUAAUUGUUUUCCCACCAAUUAAUCAAUGGGGAGAUGUUAAUAAUUUCGUACGAUUGGAUUACAUCACUUUAAAUCUUCCACUUCCAAAUUUUACUGGUUCUGGUGAAUAUUAUAUAUUAAUUGGAAAUUCCAUCACUGGAACAAUUGAUAAAUCAUGGUGUAAUACAGAAAUUAGUGUUCAAUCUAAUCUGUUAACAGGAACUAUUCCAAGUUGUUUUACAUGUUAUUUUAAAAAUCCAAAAGUUGAUGGAAUUGAUGUUUCACCAACAUCUUUGUUAUUUGAUAGAUUUCAAGGUAAUAGUUUUACAAAUCAUAAUAUUUCAAUACCUUGUACAACAUUUUUACCAAGAAUUACAGUUUUACAAAGAAAUCCACUACAAAUCAAAGUUUUUGGACAAGAUAUAGGAUAUGAUCCACGUAAUUGGCUUCUUAAUGGUACUAUAGGAACUUUAGAUGUUAAAAAAGUUUUAAUUGGAAGAGAAUACCAUUUAACUUUUAAUAAUACAAAUUUCAAUGAUGUAGAUUACUUUCCAUUUUUAUUUAAAUUACCAAAUUAUACAAUUUAUACAUUCCCAGUUGUAGAAAAACAUCCAAUUAUUACAAAAGUAACAAUAAUAUCUCCUUAUAUGGCCACGAUUGAAGGAAGUUAUUUUUCAAGUUGUUAUGGGUAUAAUGAGACAAUUAUAAUGGUUGGUCUUAUUCAUUGUUCAGUCACAACUACUUCAUUUUUUAAUAUAAUUUGUGAAACAGUUGUUUCAAAUCCUUUUGAAGUAUUAACACAACAAGUAUUUAUAAUAAAUAUUGGAGGAAAUAAAAUGAAUAUAGUAUAUAUAAAUUCAAAUCAAAAUACUAUUAAUGAUCAACAAUGUCCAAAUGGAUGUACUGAUUUAGACCAUGGUAUUUGUGAUAUGAGUACUGGUAAAUGUCAAUGCAAUUCAAAUUAUCAAGACAGUGAUUGUUCUAUUGCAAUAUUAAAUUGUCCUUCAAACUCUGCUUCAACUCUAUGUAGUGGAAAUGGUGAAUGUAACACUGUAACAGGUGAAUGUAUAUGUAAUUCUGAUUUUCAAUCUGAUGAUUGUUCAAUGCCAUUUAUUGGUUGCCCAUUUGAUGGUAAAGGAAGGAUUUGUUAUGGUCACGGUACUUGUAAUAAUAUAACAGGUAUUUGUACAUGUGAUGAUAAUUAUCAAUCUACAGACUGUUCAAUUCCAUUUGCUAAAUGCCCUUCAAUCAAUUCAAUUUUUGAAUGUAGUGGAUUUGGGCAAUGUGAAAAUACAACAGGUGUAUGUACUUGUGAUGAAUUUAGUUUUAGUGAUGAUUGCUCAUUACAUAAUUGUUUAGAACCAAGUUGUAAUUCAAAUGGUAAAUGUGAUUUAUUAAUUGGUCAAUGUAAAUGCAACUCUUUAUAUACAGGUGAUGAUUGUUUAAUACCACUCCAUUUCGUUAGUUCAAUUAUUCCAUCAUUAGAAACUGGUGGUCCUGCAAUUUUUUAUGGUUAUUUUGGUGAUUUACGUUCAAAUUUAAAAUUAUCAAUUGGUGGUUUACCAUGUCAAAUUACAUUCAACUCUUCAAAUUUAAUAAAUUGUACAGCACCACCUGGUACUGGUAUUAAAUCAAUAACAGUCACUCAAAAUGAUAUUGUUUGGCUUGGUAAAGAUAUUUAUAAAUAUAUAAGUAAUUUUUUGAAAUGUCCAAAUGAUUGUUCAAAUAAUGGUAAAUGUAAUCAAACUACACUCGAAUGUGAUUGCUUCCCAAAUUUUGGUUCAUUCGAUUGCAGUGGUUCAAUUGAUAACACACCAAAAUCAAAUGUUACAAUUGAUACAAAUUCAAGUACAACUGUAAUUAAAAAUCAAGAAAUUAAUUUCCAAAUUUAUUAUAAACAAUUAUUAGAAGUUGAUUAUAAUGGUAAAAUAAUUAAACAAUAUAAUUUAAAUAAUAAUUGGAAUUCAAACAAAUCAUCAUUAUCACCAUCAUCAUUAGAUCAAAUUGAACAUAUAUUCACUCAAUCAAUUAAUGAUGGUAAUAAUCAAUGUAAAAUUAUAUCAAAUAUAAAAGAAAUUUUAAAAAAGCAAGAAAUUACAUUUGGCGAAACUAUAUUCAAAUUAGAACCAAAUUCAAUAAAAUUAACAAUCUCAAUUCAAAAUUAUACAUAUCAAAAUAAUUUAAAUACAUUAAAACUUGAAAUGGUUGCAUCAGUUAAUCAAGAUGAUAAUGAUAAUGAUAAUGAUUGUAAUAAUAAUGAAUCAAACAUUGAUACAAGUAAUUCAAAUGAUUUAUCACUAUUUAAUUAUAUUAAAAUCUCAAAGAAUAAUAAAUUAUUUAGUGGUCGUUUUAUUAAUAGAGUUCUUUCUGAUGGUGUUUCGACAUUUUUAAGCUCAACCACUACAACAUCAUCUUCAACAUCUGAUUUUAUCACUGUAACUUUAAAUCUUCCACAUUGCAAAAAAGAAUGUGUAAUUGAUCCUGAUUUUUCAGUUUUAGUAACAUCCAAAUUUCAACAAAAUUGUGAAAAUGAUGAUAAUAAUAAAAAAUAUGUUAUACCUGUAGCUGUUGUAGUUUCAGUUGUUGGUGCUACAGCAAUAGCUGGUGCUGCAUAUCUUUUGUAUCGUAAAAAAUAUGUUGAAAAUCAAUUAAAAAUUAAGUUAAAGAUUUUUAAAUAA